UGUAAAUCCAUAUAAACUUCUUUAAUAAAAUACAAUCAUAAAGCACAUCGUACAGAAAAAGCACUGCACAGUGGAAAAAAAACGAAAAAUUUAAUUAAGCUUCCUUAUAAUUAUUUAAGCAAUUACUUCGUUAACGUUUGUCAGUUGUAAAUGCAUUAAUUCUUUAGUAUGACAUCUGGCACACCUCAUAUAUGAGUAACUCGGUAAAAAUAUUUUGGGCACUAAGUCGACGCAAAAGGUUUGGAAGAAGGUUCUCGAACAUCAAAUGGCUCCUCGAUGGUUCAACAUUCAUAAAAAUUUUGAUUCGUUUGGAGAAAAACACAAACGAUUCAACUCCAAUAUGUUAAUGACAUCACCUAUAGUUUGUUUGUCGUCGUAUUCAACAUCAGAACCAAAGCAUCCUGCUUUUAUAACUUCUCCUCUGUCUUACACAGACCGAAAUUUGUAUUCAAAUGCUACAUGUUCAACUCAUAUGCCAUUUUCUUCAGAACAAAUUAUUAAAGUGUGCGAAACACUUGAAGAAUGUGGAGAUAUUGAGCGUUUGUCCAGAUUUUUGUGGUCAUUGCCUAAUACACCUUACAUAAGGAACUUAAUUAACAACAAUGAGACAAUUCUUCGCUCAAGAUCCAUGGUAGCAUUUCAUAACCGCCAUUUCGAAGAACUUUAUUUUAUACUAGAGCAUUUUAGAUUUGGCAAAAAAUUUCACAGUAAAAUGCAAGCAAUAUGGCUUGAAGCACAUUAUAUAGAAGCCGAACAAUUAAGAGGUAGACCUCUUGGACCUGUUGAUAAGUAUCGUGUUAGAAAGCGAUUUCCUUUACCGCGAACAAUUUGGGACGGAGAACAAAAAACUCAUUGCUUUAAAGAACGCACUAGAAAACACUUAAGAGAAUUUUAUUUAGAAGAUCCAUACCCAAGUCCUUCCAAAAAACGUGAACUAGCCGAUCUAACUCAUUUGACACCCACGCAAGUUGGUAACUGGUUUAAAAAUAGACGUCAAAGAGAUCGAGCUGCUGCGGCAAAAAAUAACACUCAGCAACGUCAACCCGAGUAUUUUAACGCAGUUCACGAUGACGACGAAGAUUCGUUAGAUAAUAUACUUGACAUUUCAGAUAACGAAAACGAAAUCAUAUCAGAAACAGGCGUUUCUGACAUACGUGGAGAAUGUAAAAGUUAUCCUCCACUCAAUGACACCUUGAAACCAGUUAAGCAAAGAUCAAACUUUAUGAUGUCGAGUAUACUCAAAUCAAACUUUUCAAUUGACAAUGUUGUUUUAAAAGGCGGGAGUUGAGUCCUCAAAAAUAUAGAAACCUUUUUAAGUUUAUUCGUCAUAUGAUUUUUCUUUUAAAAAAAAUAAAAAAAGUUGUUUCUCCGCAUUAAAAGGAGAUUGAAACUACAAAUAACCAAAACAGAGAUAAAUUACUCAAGGCGAUUUUUGUUAUGAUUUGCGUUGUUGACGUAAAUAUGUGACACAAUAAAAUUUACCUUUUAUUUAAAUCUUCAAAAAAUUAUAAAUGAACUAUGUACAUAUCAGAGAAACUACUGUAACUAGCUUAUGUUAUUUUUGUUUGUUGUUUUUUUAAACACUUUGUAAAUAAAUUAUUUGGAAAAUUUUAUUUAUCUUA